AUGGUAGCCCCCAGCGACGCCACCAGCGUUAAAGACGCCCAAAAACGAGCCGAACCGGAGCUCAAGAAUGUGGUAGACUUUCUCCGUGCUAAAGCGGGGCCGAAAGUGAGGAUGGGUGUCUUGAAUGGGAAGCGAGUCGAGUACUUCAAAGAGAGGGAAGAGAGAGAGAGGGAGGUCAGCCGUAUGGGCAUUGGCUGCGAAAGAUCAGAGAUCAGAUGGGAUCGAGGAGUGUUUUCGGGAUGGUAUCAGCUGACGCAUAUCCCAGGCAAGACCGCCGUCAGAUGUCUUCUCAGCCCUCAAUAUCAAAAGCUCAAGAAGGUGCCCGCCAUCACCACAGAAGACGAAGCCAGAGCUCUUCUUGUCAGGAUUUUGCCCUUCGCCUUCUUCCUCCGUACCGACCGUCCUCCCCCCGAAGCCCUCCCUCCUCCCGGCCAGCCCAAACCCCUCCGCCUCGCCCCCCAACAAUCCUUCGACCCCGCCUCCUACUACACCUGGUUCUACGACGGCUCCCCCCUCUACACCUACCUCGGCGGCGCCGCCAUGGUCUUCAUCAUGCUCGCCGGUGUCAUGUUCCCACUCUGGCCCGUCACCUUGAGGAUAGGCGUGUGGUACUUGUCCGUCGGGGUCUUGUGUCUGGUGGGACUGUUUAUAGUGAUGGCGAUUGUGAGAUUGAUCUUCUGGUGUUUGACGGUGAUGGUCUGUCAGAGGGCGAUCUGGAUCUUCCCCAAUCUGUUUGAAGACGUUGGAUUUGUGGACUCUUUCAUUCCCGGCUGGGAAUACGAUAUCCCCAAGACCAAAUCAUCCAAACGCCCCAAGACCUCCAAGUCCUCCGGCCGCGUCAAGACGCUCAAACCUGUCCUCGCGCCCGGCGACAACCCCGGCACAAGCUCUACCUCCGCCCCUGCUUCGCCUGCUUCCCCCGCCAAUGAUCCUGUGGCUUCGGCUGGUGGUGCAGGACCUGCUGCUGGGAAGGAUGGAUUGAAAAGUAGACGAGCAUUUGUGGAAGAGGUUGAGGACGACGAAUGA